CUGUUCCUAGCUUGAAUCAUCACCAAAUAUCAGCCUGAUUACGCCCAUACGCAGCCCCGAACGAGAAUAAAAUGGCGACGCCCACAAAGCUAUACACCUUCUGUUAUGUGCUACUGGCUUCCUUCUUUGUUUUAUCGGCAUCUCUUCAGUUGGAUGGCGGUAACAUAUGCCUGCGGGAAAAGCAUGCUUCCUUAUUCAUCUUUGGGGACUCGUUAUUUGAUGCUGGAAACAAUAACUAUAUCAACACUACUAGCGAUUUCCAGGCAAAUUUUGGCCCUUACGGUGAAACCUUCUUUAGGUACCCAACCGGUAGAUUUUCCGAUGGCCGUCUAAUCCAUGAUUUCAUUGCUGAGUAUGCAAAGUUGCCGUUAAUCACACCGUAUCUGCAUCCUGGUUAUCAUCGUUAUAUUGAUGGGGCAAACUUCGCAUCAGCGGGAGCUGGUGUUCUUGUUGAAACUCACCAAGGAUCGGUGAUAGACCUACAGACUCAACUAAGUUUUUUCAAGAACUUGGCUAGGCAGUUUAGGAAAAAACUAGGCGACGCAGAAGCCAAGACAUUUUUGGGCAGAGCAGUUUACUUAAUUAACAUUGGAGCCAACGAUUAUUCAAUCCCUUUUACUACGAACUCCAGUGUGCUUCAAUCCAUUUCUCAAGAAGAAUUUGUUGAUAUGGUGAUCGGCAACUUGACAAUUGUGAUCAAAGAAAUAUAUAAGAAAGGAGGAAGGAAAUUCGGGUUUCUGAGCAUGCCGCCAUUGGGUUGCUUACCAUUCACGAGAGCACUGAAAGCGGGAAAUACUGGUACAUGCCUAGAUGGAAUGACAGCACUGGCAAAACUGCAUAAUAAAGCACUUCCUAAAGUCCUCCAGAAGCUAGAGCGUCAGCUCAAUGGAUUCAGAUAUUCAAUUGCCGAUGGGUACACUGCUUUUAGUGAAAGAAUAAAUAACCCUUCAAAAUAUGGGUUCAAGGAAGGAAAGAUUGCAUGCUGUGGAAGCGGUCCAUACAGAGGAAUACUGAGUUGUGGUGGAAAGAGGUCAGUGAAAGGGUAUGAAUUAUGUGAGAAUGCUAGUGAAUAUGUGUUCUUUGACUUUGGCCAUCCGUCCGAAAGGGCAAACCAGCAGUUCGCUAAGCUAAUGUGGAGCGGAACUCCCAAUGUUACUGCACCUUACAAUCUCAAAGCUCUGUUUGAACACUGACUAAUGUAGAUUUGAUAAACUACAUGAAAAUACAUGUUAUCGUUAAAAAAAAAUGAGGAAGAAAAAAAGGUAUGGAUGGAUGGAUCACACCAACAAACUGAAUUUAAUAAAUAUGUUGAGUAUUUCAAAUUCCCUCACAUCUGACUCCCAACGUUUGGAAUGUACACUGAAUAUUUUGGACGUAGAUAUUUGUGUUGUAUUUCGUUAAUUUAUUCAGGUAAUGCAUUGAUGUUUUGUUCUGUACG